AUGGCAGCGGCCAGUCUCCUGCCACCAGCAGCAGGACCCCAGGUGAAGGUGACCUUCGAGGAUGUGGCUGUGCUGCUCUCCCAGGAGGAGUGGGACCAGCUGGGCCCUGCUCAGAGGGGCCUUUACCGACACGUGAUGAUGGAGACCUACGGGAACGUGGUUUCCCUGGGACUUCCAGGAACCAAGCCCAAUGUGAUCUGCCAGCUGGAGCGAGGAGAGGAGCCCUGGGUCCUGGACGGGCAUGGGGCCAAGGAGAGCCAGGGCCUGGGCAACAACAAUUUGGAAUAUGAGAACAAGGAAAGGAACCAAAGUAGUUUGAAGCCAUUCAUUUCAGAGGAAUUAUCCGUGAUUCUGGAUAAAACUCCCCCAGGGUGGAUUGAUGAAGGAAAUUAUAAACCUGAACAGAGCUUCUGUCUGAGUCCAAGCCCUGCGAGCCCCCCUGAAGUUCAGGUUUGCAGCCCAAGCAAGCCACCCAAUCAGCAGCCGGCUGCUUCCGGGGGGGAGAGACCUUACAAGUGCAUCGAGUGUGGGAAAUGCUUUGGCCGGAGCUCCCAUCUCCUCCAGCAUCAGAGGACCCACACCGGGGAGAAGCCCUACGUGUGCGGGGUCUGUGGGAAGGCCUUCAGCCAGAGCUCGGUCCUCAGCAAACAUAGGAGGAUACACACAGGCGAGAAGCCCUAUGAGUGUAAUGAGUGCGGAAAGGCGUUCCGUGUGAGCUCAGACCUCGCUCAGCAUCACAAGAUCCACACGGGAGAGAAGCCCCAUGAGUGUCUCGAGUGCCGCAAGGCCUUCACUCAGCUCUCACACCUCAUUCAGCACCAGCGGAUCCACACAGGGGAGCGGCCCUACGUGUGCCCACUGUGUGGGAAGGCCUUCAACCAUAGCACCGUGCUGCGCAGCCACCAGCGGGUGCACACGGGGGAAAAGCCCCACGAGUGUGCCGAGUGUGGCCGGGCCUUCAGCGUUAAGAGGACACUGCUGCAGCACCAGCGGGUGCACACUGGGGAGAAGCCUUACUCCUGCAACGAGUGUGGGCGCGCCUUCAGCGACCGCUCUGUCCUCAUCCAGCACCACAACGUGCACACGGGCGAGAAGCCCUACGAGUGUGGGGAGUGUGGCAAGGCCUUCAGCCACCGCUCCACCCUGAUGAACCACGAGCGGAUCCACACGGAGGAGAAGCCCUACGGCUGCUACGCCUGUGGCAAGGCCUUUGUGCAGCACUCACACCUGAUCCAGCACCAGCGGGUGCACACCGGAGAGAAGCCCUAUGUUUGCAGCGAGUGUGGGCACGCCUUCAGUGCACGGAGGUCUCUGGUCCAACACGAGAGGAUACACACCGGUGAGCGGCCCUUCCGCUGCACACAGUGCGACAAGGCAUUCAGCCUGAAAGCCACGCUGAUCGUGCACCUGAGGACGCACACGGGAGAGAGGCCCUAUGAGUGCAGCCGCUGCGGGAAGGCCUUCAGCCAGUACUCUGUGCUCAUCCAGCACCAGAGGAUCCACACUGGUGAGCGGCCCUAUGAGUGCGCUGAGUGUGGUCGAGCCUUCAACCAGCAUGGGCACCUGAUCCAGCACCAGAAGGUGCACCAGAAGCUGUGA